AUGGCGGAUCGUGAACGUCCUGCAAAAACCCCCAUCAGGGUAGGUUUUUAUGACAUAGAAAGGACCAUUGGCAAAGGAAACUUUGCCGUCGUUAAGUUAGCACGACAUCGAAUAACGAAGACUGAGGUAGCAAUUAAGAUAAUAGAUAAAUCACAAUUAGAUGCCAGCAAUCUUCAAAAAGUCUACCGCGAAGUGGACAUAAUGAAGAGACUGGACCAUCCUCAUAUUAUUAAACUUUAUCAGGUUAUGGAGACGAAAAACAUGAUCUACAUCGUUUCGGAGUAUGCUAGCAAAGGAGAAAUUUUUGAUUACAUAGCGAGAUACGGUCGGAUGGCGGAGCAGGCGGCGCGGAGAAAGUUCUGGCAAAUCCUUUCCGCAGUUGAGUACUGUCAUGAAAGGAGGAUUGUACAUAGAGAUCUUAAGGCGGAGAACUUGUUAUUAGACUCGAACAUGAACAUCAAGAUCGCUGAUUUCGGCUUCAGUAACUAUUAUGCUGCUGGAGAGUUAUUAGCGACGUGGUGUGGAUCACCGCCUUAUGCCGCGCCUGAAGUCUUCGAGGGAAAACGAUAUACCGGCCCAGAAAUCGACAUAUGGAGCCUCGGGGUUGUGCUGUACGUGUUGGUGUGCGGCGCGUUGCCUUUCGACGGUUCCACCCUACAGUCGUUAAGAGACAGGGUGCUUUCCGGAAGGUUUAGGAUACCCUAUUUUAUGAGUGAAGAUUGCGAGUCUUUAAUACGCAAAAUGUUAGUCCUAGAGCCAAUGAAAAGGUAUACAAUAGACCAAAUUAAGAAACAUCGAUGGAUGUCCGUGGAACCAUAUACUGCGCCGACUAUCACCGCAGAUCCUAUGCGAAGCCCUGCACACGUCACACAUCACACCCAAGAACCAAACGAACAAGUCCUUCGACUGAUGCAAAGUUUGGGGAUCGACCCAGUUAAAACUAAAGAAAGUCUUCGCUCGAACAGUUACGACCACCACGCGGCCAUCUACCUGUUGUUGUUGGAGAGACUCCGCGCGCGCGCCGACUCGCGCCGCCCGUCGCGCCGGGAACACGACAGGCGAGAUCAUAAUAGAUUGCUCCAUGCAGGAGAGAGAGAUUUUAACCGAUCGAUCCCCGCUGCAUCUGCCGACUCUUCGUCAGCAGAAACGCAGAGGCUUCUCUCCUUAGCUGGCGUCAACAUGACCGAACAGAGACUUCUGCAACGAAGUACUGACAAUUCGGAAACGCACCGGAGCUUUUUAGUCGCCAAUAUCGACAAACACGACGAAUCCAGCAAAUUACUCUCUAUGAGGAAUAUAGACCAAAGACCAGACACGCACAGGCUCACUACGUAUGAACAGCAACAGAAUAUUCUGAAGCAAUCGAGCGAAGACUGUCGUAGGCUACUCCAACAGUCGACCACUGUCGGACCGGAAUCGCAUACACAUAAAACAGACACAAGACUUCUAACUUCAUCGAGUUUCGAUUCGAAAUGCGCUAUCGAAAGCGGUCGAUCGACGUCCGCAACGGACCAAAACGCGAUAGCUACAUUUCUUCAAAAUUCCGCGUCAGCAACUAAUUUCAAUGCAGAGCCUAUAAAACUUCCUACUUCUACGACAUUUACAAUGUGCUCUGAGGCUGCGAAACUUAUGAAUACCUUACAGCAGUCCCCUUUGCCUUUGAAGGGAACCGUUAACCUUAGCACUAGUCCCAUACCAACUCAGUUCACUGACACUAAACUAAGUAGCGUUUUAGAACAACCAAAGCCGUUAGAAUCAAGUAGACUAGUUUCGCAAGCGCAGCAACAAGAACUUAGUCGAUUACAAACCAGCACACCACCAUUUAAAGAAUACAUGAAUAUUCCAAGUUAUUCGUACCUACAGAAUACUGGUAUACAACCGGUUUCGUCGGAAGCGAACUAUUCCAACUCGGCUACGGGCGAUUUAUUUCCAAAUACGUUGUACAGACCGGAUAGCAAAUUUUCCUUAAAUAGAUAUACUACAGGACAGACAUUUAACCAAGUAUUACCCACUAGUGCUGAGCCGACAAAAUUUCAACAACAAUAUUCCUCGUCCACAGACGAAGGCUGUGAAACAGAUAUGGAAGAAACGAAUGCGCAAACUGGAGUCCAGAAUCGAUUAAGUUCUUAUGCGAGUUCUAGUUCAAGUAGUGGAGUGGUGACUUUUUUUAAUAAUAAGAGUCUCAGCCAAAAUCUUAGUUGUGAUUCGUCACAAAGCAAUUUCUCGACAUUCGAAAGUAUCGAUUAUCAGCUUUCUGAUUGUUCGAGUGAGUUAGCUAGCAGCUUGCCUAGUUGUACGUCCAAUGAAGAUAAACUGGCUUACGAAAACAGUUCGCUCGUGAACACUAGUCCCAUGCAUCCUUGUGUGUAUAUAUCCUCUUAUAAUAAUAAAACUACGGGUACAGGUUUUAUCGCGCGGCAUAACCCUAUAAACUACCAGUCGGCUAACAAAAAUUGCACUCGCGCUAUAACACGGAGUCCAGUAGAUUUUAGAGAAGGGCGGCGUGCGAGUGACGGUUUGGUCGCACAGCAGGCUGCACAAUCAAACGACACGCAAAAAAGCACGCUCGCAUUCAACAGCCAGAGAUUAAACGAAAAUUGUAAAGCAAAAGGUGUUUUGGAACUUCAUUUAGUCCAAAAAGAAGCGCAAAAGCUGAAAACGCAAUAUCAAGCUUCCCUUCCCGCGGAAGAAAUGACGCAAAGACAGAUACAGCACAAUCAAUUCGCAGCGAAUUUUACCCCUCACUACUUAGACGCAAAAACGCCCAUAAAACGAAUAAGUUUACCGGAGACGUUCAAUUACUCGAGUACAUCGCCACCCAUGCCGGCCAGUCCGAAGAUAACACUCCAAGAUAGUUCAGACCUGUGUCACGCGUCUUUAUCACAAAUGAGCAAGCCGCCACUCCAGCAGCAAUUGAUGCAGCACCGGCUUUUUCAGCAGAAACGGCAACUCUUGCAAAAACAAAUGACGCCCCCGAACUUGCACGAUAUGAGCACUCUGCACAACUUGCAAGUGGGACUCAGUAGACGACAGAUGUUAAGACAGCAGAGCUACAAAAUAGCGCAACAACAACAGAUAUUACCGCCAUUACCCUUAACCGAGACGGAAAAUAGAGAUUUGUUAGCAUUCCAGGCGAUAGUGGAAGACCCGAAUCGGGUAAAACCUAAAGAUGAUGAGGAGAAAUUCUCGUACCAGGGUUCAAUGGACAUAAUACAGAAGGAUAGACUGGGCAAUGAGAAUUGGUCGAAUUUGCCGUCUAGUUUGCAGAGUGCGUGUCAGAUAUCGGAGAUCAGGCGAGAAGGGAGAGAAGAGGAUGCGUGGACGCAAUGGAGCGCCGCACCAGGACUUUUCCAGCCUCAGGCUUGCUUCCAGCCUAAUUGGCAAGGCCACAGCCUGCCUCCUACAGCCAACAUGCUGCCUUUAAGUGAGAGCCCUAUUCUGGAAUUAACUGAGCAAAUGGAAUCGAUA